GGAGAUGAUUACUGUUAGUCAGUUUCACCUGAGAACUAAAACAUCCAAUAACUAUGCUAAUGCACUCCUCACCGCCACCUCCAGAAAUAACUGUUUGAAGGAGAGAAGAGGAAGCACUAGUAGCAUGGGUGGGUGGGGACAUGGUGUGAGGUGGCUGGAAAGUGGAGGGGGAGCUAGAGACAGGGAGGUUAUUGUUUGUGGGUGGUUGAGCGAGAGAAAAGCAGUGGUGGGUUAG